GCUAUUUUUACAACAUAGUUUUUUGUGAAAUCGUGUCAUGUAAUUUCGCGACUCAAAACACGAUACACAAAAGUACUAUUGAUUUUACUGAAACUGACUGUCCAAGAUGAAAAGAUCAUUUGUGAAGCAUGACAUUGCACUUGGCGAAACUGAUAUUAUUGAAAAGAAAAAAAUUCAUAGAAAAAGAUCUCUUAUUGGUGUGACAAACAACAUUGAAAACAUAUUAGACAAGAAGGAGUUCUCCAAUAGCAAUAGUGCAAAUUUGACACGGUUUACUGCCCAUGGCUUCUCAGAUUCUGACGGUGAGUCGCAAGAAAUAAAUGAAACUCCAAUUGUAACACAAAGUAAAAGCAAACAACAAAAACUGGAAGAUAGUGUUAAGUACAAAGAACAGUUUAAAAGAUCUGAACCAUCAAGUAAAGCAAUGGAACAGCCUCACAUUAAACAUAAGCCCAAUGUAGAAGAUUUUAGUGAUGGUGCUGAAGAUGGCAGUGAUAAAGAUGAUGAUGAUGAUUUUGAAACAACAAGUGAUCACAGUGACAUCAGUGAUGAUGGCAAGAUUGGUGAAGAAUCAGAACCACAAGAACAUGAUGAAAUGACAAAACUAAAAAAUGAACUCUCCAGCAUACCAUUGGAAGAUUUAAUGAAAAUAAAGGAUAAACUUGGUCUUAAAACGUUCAACAAGAUUAUGCAUGGAGAAAAAUUUGAGCAAAAGAAUCGUGUGUUCAGAAGGGAAAACAAAAACAGACCGAUGGAGGUGUCGUCUAAGAAACGGGUAGGGCUUCUGCGACACCAUCAUGCGCCAAAGGAGAAGAUCCGGCGAGACCCAAGGUUUGACGAUUUGUCCGGAGAGUUCAAGGAAGACCAUUUCUCAAGGAACUUUUCCUUCUUAGAAGAAGUGAAGGCCAAGGAAAAACUGCUUAUAAAGAAGAAAUUAAAGAAGACAAAGAAUGAGGAGAAGAAGAUGGAGCUUACAAAACUAUACAAGAAAAUGACCCAGCGUGAGCAGACGGAAGAGAAGCAGAGGAAACGAAUGGAGCUGGAGCACACCUGGAAGGCCAAGGAGAAACAGCUCGUAAAGGAGGGGAAAGCACCAUACUUCCUCAAAAAAUCUGAUAAGAAGAAACUGGAGUUGGCUGAGAAGUACAAGGAGCUUCAGAAGUCUGGAAAGGUUGACCAGUACCUGAUGAAGAAACGCAAGAAAAACGCUCAGAAGAUGAAGAAAAAACUGCCGGGAAGACACGAACGAUUCUCAUAGGGCUCUCGUGGUUGAAUAAAAAAUAAAAUAUA